AGUUUAGCGAGGUAGCAGCUAGGCUGUGCUGUGCCAACAGCGGCUACAAAGAUGCACUCAGCUCGGGCUGUGUUCAACACAGAGGUCCAUGGCAGCUAGUAGCCUACAUGUUUAAUUCAGAGGGUGAACGGUUGUCGCGGUACGACACGGACACGGACGCUAGCAGAAAUGGCCGGCAUUAUAAAAAAGCAAAUUUUGAAACAUUUGUCAAGGUUCACCAAGAAUCUGUCCCCGGACAAGAUCAAUCUGAGCACACUGAAGGGGGAGGGGCAGCUGUCCAACCUCGAGCUCGAUGAGGAGGUUCUGCAGAACAUGCUCGACCUGCCGACAUGGCUGGCUGUUACCCGGGUCUACUGCAACAAAGCCGCCAUCAGGAUACAAUGGACAAAGUUGAAAACAAGCCCCAUCUGUCUGUUCUUGGAUAAGGUGGAGGUAGAAAUGCGGACAUGUGAGGAGCCACGUCCACCUAAUGGCCCCUCUCCUAUAGCGAUCACAGCAGGCCAAAGCGAGUACGGCUUUGCAGAGAAAGUGGUGGAGGGCAUGUCUGUCAGGAUCAACUCCAUCACCAUCAAGGUGCAUUCUCGUGCCUUCCACGCCUCCUUCGAGCUCUGGCAGCUACAAGGCAACAGCCUCAACCCCAAAUGGCAGCGCAGUGACCUCCGCUACACCCGCGUCACCGACCCAAAGAGAGGAGAGGUGUUGACAUUCAAAGAAAUAAACUGGCAGAGUCUACGAAUAGAGGCGGAUGCCAUAGAGAGUGAUGACCAGGACCUCGGUAGCACCCCGUUACGUCUCAUCACCAACCAGGGUCGCAUUCGCAUCGCUCUAAAACGCAGAAUAAAGGACUGUAAUGUGCUGGCAUCCAAGCUGCUUUUCAUUCUGGACGACCUGCUGUGGGUGCUGACUGACUCUCAGCUCAAAGCCAUCAUCCAUUACGCCAAAUCUCUCAGCGAGGCCAUGGAGAAGUCUGCCCAGCAGAGGAAGAGCAGGGCUGCUGAAUCCCUACAGACUGCUCCUCCAUCACCUGGCCUCCACAGCCUCUGGACUGAGCCCCCUCCCGCUCCUACCGGCACCCCCAGCAACAUGAGUCAAUACUUUGAUCUCUAUGAUGUCAAAGAGUCUUCAUACCACACCUUCAUAUCCCGCUUGGAUUUACACGUAUGCAACGACAGUUCUUCAAUGGAUGAAGAUGACGCUCCACCACCGGGCUUACAAGGUGCCAUGCAGCUGACAUUCAGGAAGCUGGGUUUCGACUACUACCCUGUCCACAGACCUGCUGAUGGGUGUCGACACUGGGAACGCCACAGCGGAGCCAUGGAGGCUCAGGCCCAGUGGGCUUGGAAACUGCUGCAGGAGUACCAGAGGAGACCAGAGACUUCUGGGUUCCCUGGGCCACAGACUGAGGCAGCCCAGCCAACCAAGGACUCCUCUCCAAAGACAGCACAAGACGGACAGUCCAGUCCCAAGUCGAGCCCCGCUGACACAGAGCAGCCGCCCCGCAGGAACUCUGUCCCAGCUCCUUCAAGGUCGUCUCUGAAGAGGCUGCGAUCCAGCUGUGUGGUGGUCAGGAUGGAUGACGUGGACAUUCACCAGGUGUCUACAAGAGGCCGUCAAAACAAGAAGACUCGAUCUUUAAUAUCCUGCAACCGUAAAGCUCUGAAUUUGCCAGACAACGUACCAGCAGUUCAUCUUGAGUUCACUGAGUACUACUUUCCUGACAACCCCACUUUCACAGUGCCCACCUCAAACCUGUAUGGCCAGCUGAACGGCCUCCAGCUCUGUGUAGACCCACCCAGCGUGCUGUGGAUCAAUUUGUUCUCCAGGGGUCUGCUGCACACCCUGGACCAGGUCAAAGCUUUCUACCAUUUGCAAGACAGCAGCAGGGCUGAAGAGCACGUAGACAUCCGCGUGGAUGCAUCACAGCUUAAGUUAAUAAUCCCCUUGGAUUCUUCCAUAUUGGAUCAUCCGGAGCGUCCACAGUCCCUCUCUGUUACUGUACCCCAGAUGGUUCUCAGCAACACCCGCCUCUGCCCUCAUGGCUCCAGAGCUGACCUCAAAAGCACCAUUGACAAGUUCUCUAGCUGCCCUUUUUUCCAGCUCACACCUCCCUGCUGCCCCUACCCCAGAGACCAGAGUGCCUUCCACCCCAUCCCAUCAGCCUUCCUCCAGCACUCUAAAGAGAAAGUGCUCCAACCUCUGGACAAAAAGCAGCUACGAUCGCAGGACGUCUGGUCUCUCAGUCUGUCCCGUGUGACCUUAGGUUUUGACGGAGCGCGGCGAUUCCCCAAAGGCAGAACUCAACCUUUUGUUGAGCCCUUCGCCAUGUCUGUGUGGAUGUGUCAGCCCGCUGCCUUUAAAAACGGAUCAUCGUCUUCCCCCUCCAGUCCCAGCACAGCCCAGCAGCCUUCCUCAGAGCAGGAAGAGGCUCCACAUGCCUCUUUCCACGUCUUGGCCAACACCAUCACUCCAGUGAAGAUGUGGCUCAACCACUACCAGUAUGUUGCCCUGCUGAGGAUGAAGGACGCCAUGGCUCGAUUAGGGGCAGAGUUGGGUCGGGAUCUACGAGACGUUAAACAGGCUCACGGCCAGAGGACAAAACCUACUACAGCUUGUGUUGCCCUCCUGGUGGACUCUACAGAAUUGGGUCUUUUGUUGCCGCCGGUGUCAACAGAGCCCGAUGAAGAAGUCCCCCACACUCCAGAGACUGAUAGCCCCAGCAUGACUGACUCUGACAUCUCCCCCACUCAUCACUCUGCAGUGCUGGAGGACAGCGGGUUAGAAAAUGGCAUCUCCUCCAUCAACACCGCCACUGCGUUUGAUCAGGAUGAACAGGACGAGGUGGUGGAGGAGGCAUGUGAGGCUGUGGAGGAGGGCUUGGACGGGGAUGGUUUGACAACACAGGAGGACACCCCUGUCCUCUCACCUCCACUCUCACCUGGACACUCCCCUGUCCUCUCCCGUGAACCGUCCAACUUCAGCCUGGAGGGAGAGCUGUCAAGCGCCAUCAACGUCACCAAGGAUGUGACCAAAGAUGCCAUUAGUGCCUCGCUGGACUUGACCAAAGGGGCGUUUUCAAUAACAAAGGACGCCUUUAGCAUGCUGAGUCGUGGCUCAGGGAUGAGCAAAUUGUUCAGUCCGCAGGCAAAGGAACAGGUCCAGCGUACAGAAGAGUCCUCCCCCUCCCUGGCUGCCAGCCUGCGCCACCAAUCCAUGAAGCAGUCGCCUUCCCAGCAUUCCUUUGAUAGUGCUAUCUUGGAUGGCAGCCUGCCUGACGAGAAUCUCUCUGUGGAUAGUGAUGUCAGCGACAAUUUUGUUGUUCUCAUGGACUCAGAGUCAGGUGUGGAGUCCAUGCGUCCCAACAACACUCCUGUGGGCAGUCGAGGCAGCCCAGCCCCAGGGACAGAGGGAGGGUCAUCAGCUGAUCUCAGCAGCUCUCUGUCCCAAAGUAUUGAGGACGUGUCUCAGGAUAUGUCCUCAGUUUUGUUGCUGGUCCUGAGUGGAACAGCCUGUACUAUGGAAGCAAAGGGAGAAGACCAAGUUGUUGCUGUAGAAACUCAGAGCGUGACCCCUGUGCAGUUGGGAACUGUCAGAGUAUCAGACCUGAUGGCCGGCCUCGUACAAGCCCCAGGCGAACAAAACCAGAAGCAGGACAGGCCGUGCAGCAGGGGCUCUCCAGCAGUGUGCAUGCGAGCAGAAAUGGGUCCGUGUGCAGCCCGACACUCUGCUCUGGCUGAGUCUCUGGGAUUCCUGGAAAUUAGAGUGCAGGACUGCAAGGCCGAGCUGUUUGCCUCCACUGUGGCCAACAUUGGGCCUUUUCUGGAAGAUGAGUUCAGUGUGGAUGGUCAGCCGAUGAGGUUACGCAUGAGAAACAUCACCAUCACUCUGAAGGAUGAUGGCCCUAAAAUCUACCCUACAGCCCCUCAACCUGUCCCAGCCUCGUUCAUUGUAGACGCACUGCUCCUCGAGCGCAGUGAGGAUGGCCUCAUGAGGCUCAAAGCUGAAGGUACCGACCCUGAAGCCUCAGCAGGUGUUCCUGUGGCCGACCCGGACAACUCAAACAGUUCCUGUUCUGAUCAACAGCAGAGCGAGGGACAAACCCUGGAGUCCCAGCUCUCUGAUGCCCAGGCUGCUCUCACCCAGGCCCUCAGCGACAGAGAACGCCUCCUUCUGGAAGUCAGGAAGUAUGACCCCACGUUUACCCUGUGAGCCUCUCUGUCUUUCACCUCUGAACCUGCUGCAUUGCUGCUCCGGCUGAGGAUCAGUGAUGGGAUGUAUCGGGCUGAAUGUCAGGAACCAGCAAGACUCAGUAAAAGCAUGUCCAGACAUUGGACAUGUUUGAAAAGAAGACAGAUCCGAGCUGUGGCUCUGGAUCACUUCCUACUAGCGAUAUCACACUGUUCAUGAGAUUAUAAAAGAGCCCCUAUAACAAGUACUAAAGGGGAACCUAGUGAACUAAUUUAUAGGUACAUUAAUGGUACUACUUUUUAUCUGGCAGUCUAGAUACUCCUCACUGCUCUACUUAACACAGAUUAUCCUAUUUAUCAUCCAACAGUGUGGACAGUAAACUCAUUGUGUGGUUUCAGUGUUUGUCACACAGCAUGCAAGUUUACAUUUCAUCAAGCUUUAAUUCUCUCCAGUAAAUUCUUGUGUUUCGGAAAUAUUAAGUUAAGCACAUGCCAAAACCUCCUCUUCACAUGCACUGACACUGCCAGACAGCUGCUAGUCCCAUCAGUCACUCCCUCUACGAAACACAACCUAAAGGGAAACGAGUGUAUGUUUCAACCUGGACCCAUUUUCUCCAUGUCUGUGUGUCUAAGUGGCUAAUGGAAACAGCAAUGUUGACACUGGUCAAGUAUUGACAGAGAGCGCUGCAGCCGGCAGUGCGAAACAAGCUGCAAUCUAACAGGAAUUUAUGGAUUGUUAAUUUAUGUCAGAUUAACAGUUAUGACAGGCUCAGAUUAUUAUUCAAAGUGUCUGACAACAUUAUGGAAAGGAUCCCUACAGAAACAGACCUUUUUGGUAAAGAGUAAGAUCCUUUUCCUUAACCAGGCACAAGGGGUGGGCGAUAUGGUCCUAACAUUAUAUCACGAUAUUUCAGGGAAUUUUUGCGAUAAUGAUAUCCUUGACGAUAUGACAAAUUAGCCAAAAAAAAGGUAUUAUUAAUUUAAGAACAUAGAAUUGCAACAAAAUAAGUGAUUUAGUUUUACAGUUCGCCUUCAAAUAUUCAGUAAAAACUAAACAAAAACGAUCUCUCAUUUCUUUAGUUUGUGCACAACAACAGUAACUCAGAGUGAGAUUCAGAUUCUGUAUACAAUAUUAAUAGUUCAACAAAAGAAAAUCUACCACAAAUUACACAUUCAAACAGCUCCCAAAUACAAAAAAUGUCCCCUGGGAUCUAUAUAUAUAUAAAGCAACAGGUCAUUUCCUUCUUUUAGUAAAAUCCUAAAUGACUGAGUUGGGGUUUUUUUUCCACCUGGACCUUUAUGCUCUGCCAUUUCUCCUCUAAUCAUCACGCUGUAACUUGUGACAGGCUGUUAUGAUACCACAACUAUUGCACAUUCACAUAUAUGUAGUUUUUUUGUUGAGCUGUGAGUGUCACGUAGGUUUACAUUAGGAAGAGACGCUGUGCUGCUGCCAGAGGAGCCACUGAAUGAGUUCCCUCUGAGCGGUAAGUUGCUAAAAGAGUCUGAGAAGUCCGGGGCUGUUCAUAAAACAUUCAGGACGCCACAGUUUAUUCCACACUACUGAAGCUGCUCCUCUUUUUGGAACCACCAUGGAGUCAGUAAUAAUUUCUCUUUCAGUUGCCAUGGGUAACAGUAUGAUGUCAAUAUAUCAACAAGUCAAAAUGUUUCGAGUAUCACAAUAUGAAUUGUUCGUAUCAUAUUAAAAAUUACACCAGUAUUAUCAUGAAUGAUAUGAUAUGACACUCUCUCACCAGACAGAGCCCCAAAAUACCUUUCACCAAACAGACCAGACUACAUUUUAAUAAACCAUAAUUUUAUCAUUGCAAAACACAUUUCAUUCAAAGUUAACAGACAUAAAACGAAAAACUCCCAAAAGCCAUCUUGGUUCAUCUUUCUACUUUUUAACAACCACAGCGUCUGGCCUAGUUGAAUUAAAGCCUUAAUUCACCCAGUUAGAUAUGAAAAUAUGCCGGCUCUAUACAGGCUAAAACUACAGUUUCUUUAAAUGGAGUCUGGUGGGUUCAGUGAUGGUGAUUUCCGGGUUUUUUUCUGGUUAAAAGAAAAGGUCUUUCUCUGUAACAAAAAGGUCUGUCUCUGUAGGGAUCCUUUCCAUAAUGCUGUCAGACACCUAAAAUUACAAUCUGAGCCUGUUAGUUGCAAAAACAAACACUUUUAGUGGAUGUAAACAGACGGUGCACAAAUGCCCCAAGUGUUUACAUUGCAGCCUGUUUCGCCUCUGCAGGCUGCAGCCCUCUCACUCAAUACUGGAUUAGCCUCAAAAAUUGUUACUCCCAUUAGUCAUUUAGUCACAAAAGCAUGACAAAAUAGAGGCUGGGUUGAAAAAAUACUGAAGUUACCCUUUAAUGUCAGGCAUGCUUUUUAAACAGUGCUAAUUCACAUGUAGCACAUUUAAAGGUAGACAGUCAUAAAGCUAAAUGGAGUUAGUAAUGUAGAUUACUUCUGUUAGGUGUGCGUUCCUUUUCAGUUUAAAGUAUUAUGACAAUAUUAUCAGCUGUUACUUGUGUUGUGAAAGGUAGGGAAAACAAUGCACUUUUUUUUUUUUGUAAGAAAAGCAAAACACUGCUUUCACCGAGAGACGGAUGCAUCUCUACUUCCACCUUGGUUGCUUUACCAGCGGGGUGGAAUGGUUACACUCUUAUCAAGUUCUCACUGUUCUCAAAAAGCGGGUCAAAUCAUUCCCCAGUGUUAUUUUUCUUUGAGUUGUGAAAAGUCGAUCGUUCUCCUUUUGUACUGUGAAACAAUGUGCUCUGUGGUCGGAUGUCCACUCACGACGACAUGCCUUUCGACCUCUCCCUUUGGCUGUGGAGAGCAGGGUGCACAGUAGCUUCAGUAUUGUAACAGGGUUAGUUUUCUCACUCUAACUCUCUGGUUUAAAGAUUAAACCACCUACCACAGUUAUAAUACUUGAUCUCAGUAAAACUUGUUUUGUAGCUUGCCAGGAAACAACUCAGACUGCUUGUGUUAUUACCUCUGUGCACAUUUGUCAUGUGUAGUAUAAUGGUCACGAACAUAUAUGUUUAUAUUUAUUUAGAUCUGUGAACAUGUGUUUUUUUUAGACCACAGUGUACUGAAGCCAUAUCAAUCAACACAAAUUACAUUUUAAAAAAAUCUGUAGUACUGAUCACGUAUGCAGAGUGUACACAGUGUGUCAUGUAAAUGACCAGUUUCACUAUGAGCACUGAUAUAUUUCAGUGUGUGUAUCCUGCUCUGCUGCAGAUUUGAUCUGAAGCCAGUUGCCUACAUAACAUUCAUUUUAUGAAUGCUCUCAUGAGAAAGACCUCUCUGCCGGCUACAUCUUAGGUGCAUAAGUUCUAUUGUUAAACCACUGGUUUAUCAUUUUAGCCUGUGGAGGUAUGUUAUCUAUCUUCAUGGCUGCAAAGCUGUGACAGCCACCUUUCACUCAUCAUUGUCCUGUUGUGUGCUGCGGAGCCCCCUGGUGGCUGGACUGGCCAGAGCACUCCUCAUUCAUUUAUUUUCUUUCUUACAUUUGGUUGCCUUGCAAGCUAUGAAUGACUGAUUUGCAUUCUUAAAGAGGAAUGUAAGAUAUUUAAGCAAUAGACAGACAGCUUAGGUUGAACCAAAAACACGACAAAGAACGGUACACUACACAUUUUGGAUGUGGAAUCUUUUUUUUGUCUUAUAAGACGACUAACGUCAAAGAAAAAUGUUUUACCCGUCCACCAGGUUAUAAUGUUUUCCCCUGAACUGCAUGUGUACUCCACACAUCCGUACUAUCAGUGUAAUAAAGCAGAGAAACUGCCCUUUAACCUCAGUAUAACUUAUAAUCGUGAUCUUCUCAGCUUUUGAUGUUUUUGUUUUUGCAUGGCCUUAGUAGACAAAGACACAGUGGUACGAAACUGAACGUCCCAUGCUGGAUGCAACAUGUAGCUGUUAAGUUUGUCCAGUUUCCCUCUCCUCUGUCAGGCCUCAAUGUUGAGUAGCAUCUCUAUUCUGCUGACAAACUGGUGCUCUGAGUUCCAUCUGCUCAUAACCAUGCAAACAGGAGAUGGACGGAGAGUGAAGCGAGACUCACUGCGACUCAGAUGUCUCUUUUCAUAAGACUGACCUGGCAAAGUGUUGCCACUGAACGCAGAUGCAUGUACUGAAGUUGUGUUGCGUAGUUUAUGCCUUGUGGAUUACUUGCACUCGUGUGAUAAAUUCACUGGAAAUUGCACUUGUUUCGAUGUGAAUCACUUCAAAGGAUCGCAGAGGAGUCCUUGUGAAAUCUUCCUGAGUGAUGCAAAUGUUGGAGACCCUGUGGACAGUAUUUUUGUCAGUUGUGUAGAGUUACAUUGACUUUUGUAUUGUCUUUAUCACUUCAUUGAGACUAAUAUAUUUGGUUCUGUGAACCAAAGCUAGUAUGUGGAAAAUAUUUUAAAAGUGAAACAAUAAAUGAUUAAUUGCUGAACACA